UCAUAGAUAAAUUGAACCAUUUUUUUCUUGGUAGAAAGGUAAAGCAGGAAUCAACAUAGACAUUGCCGAUAAAAUAAACUCAACUUUGGUUUACAUGUAAUAAAUGGUUAGCUUAUUGCAACAAUAUAAUAAGCCGGAACAAAUAUAUUUUUCGUUUGGCUAGACCAAAACUUUUAUUCAAAUCAGAGAUUGUUGACCGAUUUUAGCAUUUCUGCUUCAUCGGGACAUGCUGCCAUAGAAUGUUUUGAUUUCCCCAUGUAUUAAAGCAGCUGCCAUAGUUGUUAUUGAUCCAUUUUCACCACUGCCGAAAAAUGCUAUGACCUCUGUAAACAUAGCUUCAUUGGUGUUUUGAAACUGUUAUAAAAUACAAAUUUUAUUUAUCAGUAAUACAAAGAUCUAAUGGAAGAAAGUGUGCACAUUGAUGAUCUACCUGAGGAGAUUCUGCCAUACAUAUUUGACCAUCUUACGCUGCAGGAUCUGAAAAAUGUUUCCUUGGUGUGCAGAUUGUGGUCGGACAUUGCAUUUUCAGGCCGUUUUAUCAAUAAAAUAAUGCUGCGACUAGACUUCCGUGAUGGGAUCCAAAAUCAGUGCGAACGGUAUCUGCUGGACAGUACUCGGGCAUACCGCCAUAUCGGUUUCUAUUAUCGGAGCGAUCAGAUGGAAUUAGAUAUGUUGCUUUCGGUGCUGGAAAAAUUUGAAAACACUAUCGUCACUUUGAAAAUAUGCCCAAACUACUUCAUUAUGCUACCUAAUCUACGGCAGAUUUUGUUGCAGGUACCCAAUUUGGAAAGUUUGUACAUUGUAUCUCGAAUAUGCCCAGAUCUAAGCAAAAAGGAUGAAGGUGUGCCUUUUCCGGUGAUGCGCAAAUUGAAACAUCUGUACCUGGAAAAUGACGGAGGCCUUCAACUGGAUGAAAUAGAUUUUCGCGUUAUGACUCCAAAUAUCACCAGCUUAGAUAUGGAUUGUGAUUCGGAACGCGCCUUGAUAGUGUAUGAACAUUUCAGCCAGCAACUUCGAGAAUUGGCUGUUUUCUUCAAACGUGACGAUUUUUUCUUACCAUUUUGUGAGCUGAGGUUCUCGCAAUUGGAGGUGCUUGAUUUCUAUAGCGAUGAUCAGCAGUUCGAAAUUCCGGAAGCGGUACGAAUGGUAUCUAACUUUUUCCGUAGGAUGCCAAAAUUACGUAAAAUUAUUCUUCGGUGCAAUAUUAACGAGGAAGUACUGGCGGCCAUUACUGAAAGUUGUCCCGAACUGGUGACAAUUUAUUUAAAGGGAGAUAAUUUAGGGGAAAAAUCAUUUAGGCAUUUAGGACAAUUGAAAAAUCUCAAGAGUUUGAAAAUUGAAGGCUGGAUACGAUGUAAUAUCCUGCAAGGUUGCAGUCCAAUUCCCUCCCUCGAUAAGAUGUAUCUACAUUCGGUGCUGAUCGAUGAUACGCAAGGUUUCUUCAGACUGCUGAAAGACAUCGCUCCCAAUCUGCGAACUUUGGAAGCCAUCGAAUCAGACAUCGAUGAUGAAUGUUUGAAGUACAUAAGCUGUAACAUUGCAUCUCUUCGAUGUCUAGUUCUCGAGUUUUGUCCAAAUCUCACCGAAGACGCGUUUAGCUUCUUGGAUCGACUCAAACAGUUACACGAGCUGAAGCUUGGCUAUCUGGAUGUUCCUUCAAAUUUGUUCGAGUUAAUGCCUCAGAACUCGGUGCGUCAUUUCUCACUAUACCGCUGUGAUAAAUUGGUCGAUGAAGCCUUGCUGGUAAUAGCGGAGAAGUUUCCAUGUCUUAGCUACAUGGAGAUUGCUAGCUGUCACAAAAUUACCCUUGAAGGUGUCAAAGCAAUGCGAAACCUCAUGCCCAACACAGAAAUCGAGAGUUUUAUGCUUUUCUAGCUAAACGGGAAAACUACAAAGUUCUAUAGUGCAUUUUUCGAGAGAAUGCGAAGCUAUCCGGAACGGAAUCGGGCAGAAUUGUGAGAAAGAAUAAACUCAUACCUUAAACUGAAUGUGCUACUGAUGAGCGGUUUUACGGCUGUUAUGAGCAAGUCGUUGUUGCAGCAGAAGAUUGCCACUGACCACUAGUAGUGUAUUUAAAUGUCAAUAGCUCUUCCGUUAAGCACUAGUUGAACUCAUGUUCGAUUUAGACAAAUAGCUACACGAACAUCAAAAGAGAAAAAAAACACAAGCGUCGUUCAAAUAAACUUGCUUGACCGAGAAUAGUGCACAGAUAAUUAUUAGAGUUUAUACGACAUAACGUUUAUACCAAGCCUAGUAUUUAUUCGUAGCCUCUUUUGAAAUUCUGAAUGUAACAUUUA